AUGGUCGGCAUGAUUUGCAACUCUAGUUCAGAUUUGUUACUCCUUGACUUUCCUUCGCUUAUGAACAUAAAUGGAAAAAUAUUUCUCGAUAUUGCCUAUCCUCUUAUGUUCCUCGGAAUCAUAACCUCUUCCCUUACACUUCUUAUGCUUGCAAAAGACAAGGAGACCUUGCUAUCCACUCGGUUUCUUCUAUCCUGUCUGGCUGUCUCUGACAUGGGUUACCUCGCCUUCAAUAUCCUUAUUGGAAUCCUCACCCCGUUAACAUCGAUAAAAAUUCACUAUUUUCUCCUCAUUUUAAAUAGCCGACGUUUGUGUGAAUUCAUGCGCAAUUGGGUAGCGGCUAUCUUAUCAUUUGAACGUUUUCUAUUCUUCUAUGAUCCUUUAAACUUUGAGUCACUAUGGCGAAUUGAUGGAGUUCGAACUGUAGUAACCAUCCUGACAUUUCUCGGUCUAUUCUGCGAAAUUCCCAAUACAGUUUACAUAGUUGCACUGGCGCUGCUUCAGGACUGUGAAAUCUUGCGCCAAAUAUGCAGUUUUCAGUCCAUAAUGAAUCUUUUAACAGUAACGAUUCUGCCUCUAGUGUGUAUGGCCAUAUUCUCCUUCCUAACCACAAAAGUCAUCAACAAAUUAAUAUAUCGAAUGUUUUCUGCAACGCAACUUAUUUCACCUUCAAGAACAACUGUUAGGGGUUCGAAGAAUGCCAUGAAAAUUAUCAGAAAUUCGUUGAUUGUCUUUACUGUCACUUCAAUUCCAGCUAUUCCGACUUAUUGCAUCACAUUUCAUCUGGCUUAUCUGCACAAAACGGAUAUUAGAGCCAUCUCCUUCCUAACAAUCCUCCAUGGUCUUGCAAGUUUGUUCUCUAUCAUCAAUUCGACUUGCAAUUUUUUCGUCUUUAUUCUUCAAAGCAGUCGGUAUAGACGCAUUCUCAUGGUGACUUUUCGCUUACGUUGCUUCAAACCGAGUUUCAAAUCAUCUUAG